AUGAUUUAAUAAUGAAUUUAAAAUUUUUGCCCAUUUGUGUCAUUAUUUUUGUGAAUUUAUUUUUACAAUCACGACAGUAUCGUAAUGAUUUAAUUGUUAGGAAUGAAGUGGAGGUAUUAGUUCCAAAGUUUUUAAGUGGAAAAGAUGAUAUACUAAACAGUAUUUUACAAAAAAUCAACAUAUUAUCUCAAACAGUGUCUGGGUCUACAGCUACCACAAUACCUCCCCCAACAACAACAACAGCUCGUGCCUUAACUCUCGCAGGAUGUGCAUGUUAUGCCGUAUCGACAUGUUCUAAUGUAAGAGACGCAUCAGGAAAUCGAGCAGUUCCUGCUACACGAACGACUCCAUGCCCAUAUGGAAUGUUGUAUUGUUGUCCUCAAAAUACAACUACUCCAACAACAGCUCCACCAACUAAUGUAACAACUGCUCCUCCAACAACAGCACCUCCACGUAAUGUAACAACAGCUCCUCCAACUAAUGUAACAACUGCUCCUCCAACAACCGCACCUCCAACUAAUGUUACAACUGCUCCACCAACAAAUCAGAACAACACAGCUGGCUGUGGUUGCUACAAUGUAACAUCAUGUGCAUCUAUAACUGAUGGAAGUGGUGUUAUUGACCUGAGGAUUGUGACGCCUAAUUGUCCCAACGGAUCAAUAUAUUGUUGUCCAGGAAACAGAGCAGCAAAUGUAAUUACUCCAGCAGGUACAGAGAUGCAAUUAGUGAAUAUAACAGGAUGUGGUAUACGCGCAACUAUUCCAUCUAACAUUAUGGUUGAGCCUGGACAAGCUCGAUAUGGUGAUUACCCUUGGGUUGCAGCAAUAUUAACUAUGGACAACGAUUUUGUUUCUACUGGUGUUUUAAUCAGUAAUCGUCAUGUUUUGACUGUUGCUCAUAGGGUGAAUGAGUAUAUUUUAUCCGAAAAUGCUGAUUCUGAAUUGAAAGUUCGACUUGGAGAUUGGGACGCCAUUGGGACAGUUGAACCUAUAAAACCUGAAGAAUAUCAAAUUGUGGACGUAGUAGCACAUCCAAAUUACAAUCCAUUUGAUUUACAUAAUGAUCUAGCAAUAGUUGAAAUAACACCGGAUGUACAAUUAGGAACUAAUCCUGCAAUCAAUACAGCUUGUCUACCAUCACCGUCAACCUCUUUCGUUAAUCAAGAAUGUUGGGUAGCUGGUUGGGGUUUUGAUUCGCUAAUGGCAGGCAAUUUUCAACCAAUACUACGUGAGGUGCAAGUUCCAGUUGUAGAUCCAGCAAUGUGUGAAAAUUUGUUACGGCGAACCGAAUUAGGAAACAAUUUUCAAUUAUAUAUGAGCUUUUUAUGUGCAGGUGGGCGACCAAUGAUGGAUGCAUGCCUGGGCGAUGGGGGAGCACCGUUAGUAUGUGAAAGUACGAAUCAUCAGUGGACUGUGGUGGGCUUAGUAUCAUGGGGUAUUCGAUGUGGUGAGCCGGAUAUUCCAGGAGUUUAUACGAAUGUAUCAGCCUUAUUACCUUGGAUAAACUCUCAAAUUAGAUAAUUAGAUUUAGAUAAAUGGUUGUGAUUUGUUAAAAAAUUUGUUAAAGCAUUUACUUGAAUAA